CAGCUAGUGUAUUAGCACAAGUUGUGAAAUCUAAGGAUGAGACGUGGACACCUGAGAAAGAAGAAUCCGUAAAGGCACCAAUUAGAGCUCGAUACGAGCACGAAGGCCAUCCAUACUUUUCGUCGGCUCGUCUCUGGGACGAUGGGGUUAUUAAUCCUGCUGAUACGCGAAAAGUGUUGGGAUUGUCACUGAGUGCUGCGUUGAAUGCGCCAAUUAAGGAGUCAAAAUUUGGUGUGUUUAGAAUGUAG